AUGAUUCCCCCCGUGCACCGCAGAACAACCUACCUCCAAGACCCCUCCACCCCCUUCGACCCCUCCCAAGCCCGUCUCCUCCCCCAGCGCCUGGAGAUCCGGGACUUACAUAGCGCCAAGCAGGAACGUUUGACCGUGCCGGUUGAGUUGGGCAGUGGUGGGUGGGAUGCCGAGCGGUUAAGUCUGCGGUGGGCUUCGGGGGAUGCUGCUGCUGCUGCUGCUGCUGGCGCGGGUGCUGGGGGCGCGGUGACGCCGUUUGCGAGUCGGGUUUCCGGGGGGUUGCACGUUUUUUUGAGGCCGGGGAGGGGGGAUACCGGGGCGGAGGCUACUGAGGGGAAUAGGGGGAGCGAGGUCGUGUGUCGCGUCCUGAAGAAGGUUUUUGGGUCGGAGGUUGCUAAGUGUUUGGAUUAUGAGAAAUCUUUCACUAGGUCCGAUACAUCGUCCGAAUACCAAUUCUACUCGCCUUUGGCGUCUUUGGAGGGCUUGGUGGAUUUUGUUCGGGAGAAGGUUUGUGUGCUGGAUACAGCAAGAGAAGACCGGUGUCGUCGCCAGGUCCGGGAAUUACUCGCUGCGGACUCGCUGGAUCUCGCCUACGAUUCUGACUCGCGCAAUCUGGUGGUGUCCGCGUUCUGGGCGGAUGCGCCGGGGGGCGAGGGGUGGACGGAGGAUCUGCACGCACCGGCUGCUGGGUCCAAAGGGAAGAUGGAGGUUGGGUUGCUGGGGGCUGAGAGGACGGCUGACCCUGAGGAGAUCAAGAUGGGUGGGCUGCUGGGGGUGGUCGGGGAGGAUGAGAAGUUGAAACCGACGUUGUUUUCCUUCGCUUCCAGACACCAUGCCCUCCCUCGUGAUGCGACCUUCUCAGUUGGGUUCUCCCUGCCCACGGGCUUACAUCCUACGAUGGCCAUUUCCCUAUCGCCCGCCGCGCUGCAACCCCCAGACGCAACCUGUGCCCUGCAUACGUAUCUCACGCUGCCGUCCUAUCUCUUCGGCGACAAGUACCAGCUGGGCACUGAGGAUCCGCUGUUCUUGGAUUCGCACCACCUGGUCAAGUUGCUGUCCGUGACGGGCGAGACGGACCUCGAGGCGCCGGACUGGUCCGUGUCGCAGUGGGGGUCGAAUUGGCUGCUCGAGCUGGCAACGCCCCCUGAGGAGCAGUCUCCCGAAGAAUGGAACGUGACCAUCCCGCUUCAUUUGCGGUACUUGGCCCCGUCGGAAAGUGGUUAUCGCUCGGUCGAGGUCCCCUGGCCUGUGGUGUUCUGGGCGUGUGCCGCCAGUGAGGAGGCCAAGAUGCAUUUUAACCCCUUCGACCGUGUGGACCUCGGGUGGGAGGGGCUUUUUGCGCCCCAAACCAUAUUCUACCAGGUGAAUCCAGCUGCAGAACAGGGUCGGCUGGUCGAGGAGAUCAGCGUGCCCGUGCUGAAGGAGACCGGCUUCUUCAACAGCAGGACCAUCGAACUCGGCACGGUAUUCGCCAUCGUCCUGGGUUCGCUUUGGGUGCUGUGGAAACUCGGCGCCGUAAUGCGAACCUCUGGUACUCGCAGAAGCGUAGAGAGCCAGAAGAAGUCCCAGUAA